GUCUCUACCAGUUCCUCUCCGCACCCGCCCCCCGGCGCUGUGGGAGAAAGGUCUAGACCAACGUCAGUGCUGAUUUUGGAGGGCCCCUUUGCUCCAGAACGGGUCUCUCUGCCGCGGUUGCCCAGGAGGCCUUCAAGGCCUUUAGCUGUGACUGAUGCCUGUCCAACUACAAAUCCGCUGUGCUAGGUGGAGAGAGACUUUGAAAGGGAGUAUGGAAAACUGCAGCAGCUGGAGGAGCAGACCCGGAGGCUGCAGAAGGACAUGAAGAAGAGCGCCGAUGCCGACCUGGCCAUGUCCAAGUCUGCUGUGAAGAUAUCCUUGGACUUGCUCUCCAACCCCCUCUGUGAGCAAGACCAGGACUUUCUGAACAUGGUGACCGCCCUGGACACAGCCAUGAAGCGGAUGGAUGCCUUCAACCAGGAGAAGGUGAACCAGAUUCAGAAGACAGUGAUUGAACCCUUGAAAAAGUUCGGCAGUGUCUUCCCGAGCCUCAACAUGGCGGUGAAACGGCGGGAGCAGGCCUUGCAGGACUACAGGAGGCUGCAGGCCAAGGUGGAGAAGUACGAGGAAAAGGAGAAGACGGGGCCUGUGCUGGCCAAACUCCACCAGGCCCGAGAAGAGCUCCGGCCUGUGCGGGAGGACUUCGAGGCCAAGAACAAGCAGCUGCUGGACGAGAUGCCGCGGUUCUACAACAGCCGGCUCGACUACUUCCAGCCCAGCUUUGAGUCUCUGAUCCGAGCGCAGGUCAUCUACUACUCUGAGAUGCACAAGAUCUUCGGAGACCUGACCCAACAGCUUGACCAGCCCGGCCACUCGGACGAGCAGCGGGAACGGGAGAACGAGGCGAAACUGAGCGAGCUCAGAGCCCUCUCUAUUGUGGCGGAUGACUGAGCCCUGGCAUGGGCCCCCCCCCGCCCCGACCCAAGACUCCUGGAGCACAAGUCAGCCUCUCCAGCCUGCGCCCUUUCCAAGCUCUGCUCAGGCCUCAGCCGGUGGGGGCCUUCCUCAGGAGAACUGUGGGGCUUGCGCCCCCGCCCCUGCCUCAGCACCCUCUGGAAUGAGCCUGGUACCCGGAGCCCCAAGCAGGCUGCUGUCUCCCCACCCAUGACAGGAGCCCACAGACAGGUAAGGAGCCUAGAAGAACUGCUUUCUUAUUUUGAGAACCGGCCCAGCCCGGCACCGGGCCCCCCAGCCUGCAAGGGCCGGGGCUCCGUCAGCUCACCGGCGGCCUCAGCCGUGCGCAGGCUCGGUCCCACCUACCUCCCGAAGACCCGUCCUGGGGGUCCGCCCGUGCUGCAGCCUCCCCCACUGCCCCCCGCUCCGGGAGAGGGCCCGACACCGCCCUGGAGGGCGAGUGCUGUGGUCCCCCUGCCCCGACGGGCCCUCGCACCGGGUCACCGUGCUUGGCAGAGGCUCGCUCAGCCCACUUCUAUCCUUUCGGUCAAGGGCAGGGAAGACCCGUCUGGAAGGUUCCCUAGGAAACGGAUUCAACUUGUGCAAAUGUCCUACCGCAAAAAAAAAAAAGUCACCGAUUCACAGGCCUCAAAGCAACAACAGUGGGUUUGUGUCUCGACCAAAUAUUUGGAAUUUUAUUUUUUCAAGUAAAGUUUUCAAUAAAA